AUGAUGGACAGAUUCUACUACCUUAUCGCCCUGCAGCUCAGAGGCCUUGUCCGUAACUGCGUUCCCCCGCCCAUCAUGCGUCUCGCCCCGCGCCUAGGUGCGCUCUCCAUCAUCUUCUCGCUGCUCGCGUCGGGGGCUUUGUCUACCAAGUUCUUUGCUCAGCCUCGCGUUCCUCCCGUCUCCCGCGACGACCUCGAUGUAUGGUUGGUAACGCGAGAGGCCAGUGCGGUCAAGCAACCUCGAGACUCAGACUACGCUUCACCCAUCAUUGGUGGUCUCGCCCUGGAGAAAGGAUAUCUGCUCAGCAGGGGAGAAGUGGAUAGAGAGCGCAAUUAUGCUUCUCCGAUCAUUGGAGGUAUCACUCAAGAGAAGGGCUACAUCGUACGGAAACGAGAUGAUCCUGUGAUCUACACCGAUGGCAACUUCCCAGCGCCAAACAAAACCUUCACAAUCACCGUGAGCAAGGGGUGGUAUGCACCAGACGGCUUUGGGAGGAUCCACUAUCUUAUCAAUGGCCAGUACCCUGCUGAAACGUUGGUCUGGGACGAGGACGACUGGGUCCAGAUCACUGUCAUCAACAAUUCAAGCACACCGUUCGCAAUUCACUGGCAUGGUAUUUACCAAAUCGGAACUCCUCACAUGGACGGCGUGCCUGGCGUAACGCAAUGGAACAUUCCAUACGGAGAGCAGUAUGUGUAUCGCUUCCAAGUCAAAGGCCAAUACGGGGCGUUCUGGGCUCACAGUCAUACCCUAGGUUACUACAGUGAUGGGCUUCGUAUGCCGAUCUACGUCCGGCCCAAGAGCACACGGGCAAAGCCAUGGUCCUUGAUCUCCAACGACAUUGACACGAUCAACCAGCUGGAAUGGGCCGAGGGCAACUACUCCGUCCACUUCCGGACUGACCAGUGGCACAUCACUGCGGACGAGAUGCAGCUCGAAGUUCAUACGACGGGCGUGCCUCCAGCAUGUAUGGAUUCACUGCUGAUCAAUGGUCGCGGGCGCCAGUACUGCCAUGACAACUACACGGCCGUCGUCCAGCCUGUCACCAACAUCCUGCUGGCGCAGAACUCAGAUGUGCAAACUAGGUUCUCGUCGAAGGGCUGCCUGUCUCUGGUCGCUCCCAAGCAUGGAUUCGAUGCGAUCACCGUGCUGGAUGAGUACUUCGGCGGCAAAUGCCAAAAUACCACGGCGCCGAUCACGGUGUACAAUGCCGGCGCGGCGCUAGCCGCAGGCCGGCGCUAUUUGUCACUUCAGAUCAUCGAUGCAGAGACGAAUUGGUACUCGAGCUUCUCGAUCGACAACCACAGGAUGUGGCUCGUCGCUGUCGAUGGGCUGUACGUGCAGCCGAAAAUUAUCGAGUUCGCGCAGCUCACGAUCGGCGCGCGGAUCAGCGUGAUGAUUGAGCUGGACGAGUCGAAAGCGUACCAGGAUUGGCCUAUCCGCUUCACAGGGCUCCGUGCGCUGCAGCCGAUCGAGGGGUUCGCACUGCUGUCGUACAACUCGAGCGUCGGCGACACGGUUACGCCGAGCAUCGACGACGGGUUCAACUACCUGCACAACCGCAUUAACUCGUCGGUCACAUACGGCGGCGCGAUCAGCACAAGCGCGAUUCAGUGGAACCAGUCAGCCGAUAUUCCUUUCGAGCCGUCCAGCGCGGUUCCGACGUAUGCCAAUGUUACGCUGCACGCGUACAUAUCUCAGGGCUCACUUAACGUGUGGCAGAUUGCGGAGCAGCCGAUGAACACUGUGCAGGCGGACGAACGGGAUCCGGUGCUCUUCCAACUGACGGAGGAAGGCAAGAGCCUGGAGGACAUUGACACCAGCAUGAUGCCGCUGAGCCCCAAGAUCCCUGACGGCUCUGUCGUGGAUAUCGUCAUUGAGAAUCCACCAUACAGUAUCGUCGGCAAAUCCAAUGCUCCGCACCCAUUCCAUCUGCAUCACCACCAUUUCUGGGUGAUUGGACAAGCUUCCGGUUCGUUCGCAUAUGACACUGUCGAAGAGGCGCAGAACGCCGGCGUCAAGUUCAACUUCGAGAACCCGCCGAUGAGAGACAGCUUCGAUAUCGGUCCGAACGCGUGGACGACGAUCAGGUUCGUCGCGAACGCUCACGGUGCCGCGGUCAUGCUGCACUGCCACAUUGACGACCACCUGAUGCAAGGUAUGGCGACCGUGAUCCUUGAGGGGAUUGACACGGUGCCGCGCGGGACGUUCUCGAGCAAGUACACGGCACAGCCGAGCAAUUUCCGCCUAACAGAGAAUGACCCGGUGCAGGCGGUUCUGGAGGAGUCGUGGCAAACGGGCUCGCGCAGCGGCAUCUGGCCCGCGACGGUCGACCCGACGAACGCGUGGGGCGACCCGCGCAGCGCGGGCCAUUCGCUGCAGAGCGUCGCGAGCGCCCUCAGCGUCUCGCGUGCCGUCGCGCUCGGGCUGACGACGCGUGCUGCCACGAGCGCGGCUGCUACAGCGACGGGCCGUGCGGCGAACGCUGCUGGAGCCGGGUCCGUCGUGACCGGCGCCGAGUCCAGCGUGGCAGCUACGGCCCGCGGCGUGCUCGCCGCGCUGCUGUCGCUGCUCAUUGCCUCUGCUGCGGGGCCUUUACUCGUGCUCGCCUGA